AUGAAGGACGGUACCGGGGCCGAUGACCCAGCGGAGCUCUCCCGCCAGGAGCUUUGUGGCGCUUAUGUCAACUUUUACCGUCAGCUAUGUAAAGAGGUGGGGCCGUGCCGCGACGACUGGCUUCUGGGCCGAACGGCGCAGUAUGUGGUGAGGGAACCACAAUCCACUGACGCUUUCACCGUGUUCCGGUUCUACCACGCUGUGAGCGACGGCCUUGACGCUCUGGGCGCAGACUGCAAAAGAUACCUGUUGGCCUUUAUAAAAGCAGCGGAGCUGCUGGAAACUCUCUGCGUCAAUUUGUUCCUUCAGCCCUGGAAAAAGGAGAUCAGGACUGUCAAGACCUUUACAGGCCCGUUUGUUUACUGUCUCCUGCCAGUUCUCAACAGUUCUACAAUUAAAUCUGUCCUGGCUUCCAUUGGAUACUUACCGCAUGGUGACACUUCGAGUGAGUUCACCCUCAGUGAAGACGCUAACCCAGACAAGGCCAUGCAGGUGGGCUUUGAGCUGCUGCUGGCCAGGGUGGAGUGUUACCACUUCCUGGAGCUGCUGGAAAAGGAUCAGCUGGGACCACAAGAGUGGAUGGAGGUUCUCCAGAGGAGAGCAGGGCAAAGAAAAACACGUAAACCCUCAGACAGGAAAACAGCCGAGCCUCAGGAAGAGGAGACAACGAAUAAGGAGGAAGCAAAUGUAAAGGACAUACAAAGAAUUCCUCUGUACUCGUGUCCCGAUGCAAGGCCCCCACAGCCCAAACCUCGCCGUGGCCUGGUCAACACAGACCCUUCCCUCAUGGAAAUGCAGAGAACCUACCCGGACCUGGCCUUCAGGGGCCGUCCUCUGGUGUCGGACAAACCUCGCCCAGCAAACACCAGCUGGAACAGCACCAAGGAUGCUCACACUGCUGACAACAAAACCGCCGCUGUGUGCAGUGAAAACUACAGUAACAAAGCUCCUGAUACAAGAAGUGGUGGGGUCCCUGACCCAGGAAGCACGGCUAGCAGCAUCAAUGGGCCUAGCGGGCCCCAGGUACCGUCUCAGGUCACACCGCAGACUUUGGGCUGGGAGCAGUGUCAGACUGCCGCAGACAAUAAUUUGCUCAAACCCGAGCAUUCCCUACUAAGUUCUGUGGACGAGGAGCAGGACCUGAGAGACCUGGCACACAGGAUGGGCCAGAACCAUGAGGCUGGGGAGGAGGUUAAGAACCCAACUACCGAUAAAAAGACAUGGAAAAAGGAAAAGAACCUAAGGAAGCCUGUGACUGAAACGACUCCAUUGCCAAGCUGCGAUGCCAGUAGAUGCACCAGACCCUCACAAAUGGAUCCCACGCCCCUGAAAGAGCCAAAGCAGCCUGGCAGGGUCCACUUCUCCCAUGGCACCAUCCUCUCUGCAGGACAGCAGGGAGAUGGUUCUGGAGCAGACCCGGGGCAAGGGGAGGAGCGGAUGGCCCACAGUUUUGUCUUUAUCAAGUCUUACAAGAAGUAAUAAAUUUUUUCUUUAAGAGGAUUAGACAGCGGCAUUCACAUAUUAUUUAAAUCUCAGUUUCAGAGUAAACUGGAUGAAUAAUGUGUGAGCAGCCACCUUAAAAUUAGACGACGUUGGGUGAAUCAGAUCAGAUUUGGGGUGUACAUAGCUCUGGUCCUAGAAACAGUAUCAUGUUUGCUGGUUUUGCGAUACAUUUUGGUGGUGAUCUGGGGUUUGGACUUUUCCAGUUUCAUCAGAACUGUCUUGACUUACUGUGAGGAGCUACUGUGAGUCCCAACCGCUCUGCUAGUGCUGUGUGGACAACCCAGGUACUGCUACCAUCCAAUCUGUCUGUGCUGAUA